AUGGCCACUCGGUCACCGUUGAAAGAGGCAGAUGCUAACCUGAAGCACAGGAUACUGUCAGUAAAUGAUCGGAAUGGGGAAAGCACAACUAACAUAACUUGCGAGGAAAGUAAUGGUACUAAAAAGAGAGCAUUAGAGAGAUUAGACCUACAAGAUCGUAAGAAAGUCAAGGCAGAAAGGGCUAGGUCAAUUGAAGGUGCAGUUAAAGUUGCUCGAACUACUGGAUUAAAGAAUACUGAAUCGAAGGUUACGCCAAAUGAGCUAUUGGAAUGGCAAAAUAAUUGGAAAAAAAUUAUUAAACGGGAAUCACGUAUAUAUUUCGAUAUUGCAGAUGAUGCUGAUUUCAAUAAGCAUCUCAAGAGUUUGGAUAAAAAGAAGGAACUACUAAAGCGCGGAUUUUUAUCUCUUGGUGCUCAAAUCACUCAAUUUUUUGACUGCAAUGUUACGAUUGUGAUAACUAGGCGAUCCUUGGAAGCUUUGAAUAUGAUGAAUAGUUCUGAUGUGUUGGCAAGGGCUAAAAAAAGCUACAUGAAGAUAUGGGGUUAUGAAAAGGCUGCCAGAUUUCUGAAAAAUUUGGACGUUGAUCUAGAUCUGUUAGAAAGAAACAAUGCAACCCCUCUAGCAACUCCCACCUUAUCCAAUCUUUUGCAAAAUGAGAAGCUAUAUGGACCUACAGAUAGAGAUCCGAGAAGUCGACGGGAAGAUGUACACUAUUUCAAGUAUGCACAUGUUUACAUGUAUGACCUCUGGCAAAUGUGGGCUCCGAUCAUAACACUUGAAUGGAAGCCACAAGAAUUAACAGAUGUAAAGAAAUUGCCAUAUCCUGUGUUAAAAAUGGGUACAUUUGGGAGGUGUCCAUUCAUCGGCGAUAACUCAUGUGAUGAAUCUUCUUACAAGAGAGUUGUAAAGAGGUAUAGUCGCGAUAAAGCGAAUAAACCAUAUGCAUUGAAGCUGCGCAGACUUUAUCAGGAUUAUGCAACCCCAUGCGAGAGCUCUGAUCAUCUCAAAUUCAUACCGCAUACUUGCCUGAGCUCCAAGCAGUGCUAUGAGAAAUUAAAAUUAAAAUUUGAACAAAGUAAUUCUCAAAAAAAUAUGGGCAAUUGUUCUAAAGAUUCGGUCGAUUUUAAAGCGACAGAAAAAACUACAAGCAACAAAGAGGAACAUGAGAAACCGCAACUGCAACCUGAAAAUGAGGUAAGCCAGGUCAUAGAUACGCCGGAGCAAAACAAUUUGCCUGAGCUCACAAAGAUAGCUUCUUUGACAAGACAAGAAACGGAAGAUUUCCCAGAUGAUUUGUGCAAUAAUAAGAAAAAAUCCAGAAUACCUCAAGAAAUAAAAGCGAGUGGUGUGCAUCAGUCGAAUGACGUGGCGACAUCGUUUGGUAACGGAUUAGGACCUACCACCGCGAGUGUCACAAACAAGAACAUCAAAACUUUAAAUCGAUUGGUAGUUGAUAGAAAGUUGGGUAGUAAAACAUCAAAUCCAGUUCAUGCUUUGACGAUACGGAGCCUUGGCGCGGUAGGUAGUGACGGCCAAAUGCCAGCACCCAAGGCAUGCAAUUCCAAAGAAGCUGUUCUGGAACCAGCGACUAAGAAAAAAACUGAUAAUGUGCCGAUUACGAGAAGGGAUACGACAAAAAAUGCGGGCUACUGUGAAAACUGUCGUGUCAAAUAUGAAUCUCUUGAAGAACAUGUUCUGUCGGAAAGACACCAAUCAUUCGCUCAAAAUCCACUUAACUUUGAGGCUAUCGAUUCUCUGAUUGAGAAACUUAAAUUUCAGUUCUGA